AAUGAGCGAGCUCAGAGAAAAGAGUCGUAUGCCUAUGCGUAUGUCGAGUCUAGUUGAGCGAUGAACCGCGCUCAGGGAAACCAAAAAUAAUGAACAACGCGGAUCUUCGACAGGUUGUGCACGCAAAUUCCGGGACAACGUGCCAAGAACUUGCAGAAAUGUUCAGUGUGAGUCAUGAAACUAUUCGUUUGCAUCUUCAUCAGCUAGGAAAGACGUGGAAGUUAAGCAAAUGGUCCCACAUGAACUGACAAA